UCGGCCGCUGCGGCUGUCCCGAGGAAGAAGAAGCGGAGGAGGAGAAAGCAGCGGCGAGUGGAGCGGAAAAAAAAAAUCUUCUCCUCAGAAGGAGGAACACGAUUGAAACCCGCAUCGAGGGGGUUGCUCUUGCUUCCACCCCGCAAUCCACAUGGAGAACGAAUUCCAGGAUGGUAAGACGGAGGUCAUUGAAGCCUGGUACAUGGAUGACAGUGAAGAGGACCAGAGGCUUCCUCAUCACCGCGAACCCAAAGAAUUCAUUCCUAUUGAGAAGCUUACAGAAUUAGGAGUAAUCAGCUGGCGCCUAAAUCCUGAUAACUGGGAGAAUGAUGAGAACCUGAGGAGAAUCCGUGAAGCCAGAGGUUACUCUUAUGUGGACAUCUGUGAUGUAUGCCCAGAAAAGCUGCCAAAUUAUGAAACUAAGAUUAAGAAUUUCUUUGAAGAACACCUGCAUACUGAUGAAGAAAUACGCUAUUGUCUUGAGGGGAGUGGAUACUUUGAUGUCAGGGACCAAAAUGAUCAGUGGAUCCGUAUAGCAGUUAAGAAAGGGGGAAUGAUUGUUCUGCCUGCUGGGAUGUACCAUCGCUUUACAUUGGACACUGAUAACUAUAUCAAGGCAAUGCGGCUGUUUGUCGGUGACCCUGUCUGGACACCGUACAACCGCCCCCACGAUCAUCUCCCAGAAAGAAAGGAGUAUCUGGACAAACUUCUCAAGAUAGAUGGUGAGAAUCAGGCUGUUGAAGGUCUUGAUUCGGGGUUCUUGGUGGUGGUUCGGAAAGGGGCGGGGUUUUGGGGUGGGAGGGUCAUGGACCCGACGGCGGCGGCGGCGGCGGAGGGGGGCAUUGUGAAGGAGGAGGUGGUGGAGGGGUCGCAGCGGCAGCGGGAGGAGGGGGAGGGGGCGCCGCGGCCGAUGGAGGGGCUACACGAGGUGGGGCCGCCGCCGUUCCUGACGAAGACGUACGACCUGGUGGAGGAGGCGUCCACCGACGGCGUCGUGUCGUGGAGCCGCGCCGGGAACAGCUUCGUCGUCUGGGACCCGCACGUCUUCGCCGACCUCCUCCUCCCGCGCCUCUUCAAGCACAACAACUUCUCCAGCUUCGUCCGCCAGCUCAACACCUACGGCUUCAGAAAGGUCGAUCCUGAUAGGUGGGAGUUUGCAAAUGAGGGUUUUCUCAGGGGUCAAAGGCAUCUCCUGAAAACUAUAAAGAGAAGGAAGCCACCAUCCAAUGCCCCUUCAUCACAACAACAGUCCCUCACAUCUUGUCUGGAAGUUGGCGAGUUCGGGUUUGAGGAAGAGAUUGACAGGCUGAAGCGUGACAAGAAUAUUUUGAUCACAGAAGUAGUAAAACUGAGGCAGGAGCAGCAGGCUACUAAAGAUCAUGUGAAAGCCAUGGAAGAUAGGCUACGAGCUGCUGAGCAGAAGCAGGUCCAGAUGAUGGGGUUCUUGGCAAGAGCAAUGCGCAACCCAGAGUUCUUCCAGCAGUUGGCACAGCAGAAAGAGAAGAGGAAGGAGCUUGAGGAUGCCAUCUCAAAGAAAAGAAGGCGGCCUAUAGACAAUGUUCCAUUCUACAGCCCUGGGGAAACAAGUCAGGCUGAGCAACUUGAUUCGUCGUAUCUGUUUGAUUCGGGCGUGCUUAAUGAGUUCAGUGAACCUGGAAUCCCUGAGCUGGAGAAUCUAGCAGUGAACAUCCAGGAUCUGGGGAAGGAUAGGGUAGAUGGAGAGAGGCAGUAUGAAGCUAAUGGCCAGGCAGAGCUCGGAGAUGACUUCUGGGCAGAUCUGUUGGUUGAAGAUUUCGGGAGCAAGGAGGAGCAGUCAGAGUUGGAGGCAAAAAUCGAAGGCAUCGAUGAACUGGCUCAACAGUUGGGGUAUCUGAGCUCAACUAGCCCAAAAUAGAGUUGAUUUUGUGAUUGUUCACCCAACUAUUGCUUCAGUGCUAUUGAAGAUCCAUCUUGAACAAACUGAUCCAAUUGACCAGGGGAAAUAUGACCACAAGGUGUUCAUGGUGGUUCCCAGACUCUGGACGCCACACAAUCUGUUUCGUUUGACAGAGAUCCAUGACCUGUAACGGAAAUACGGUGGCUGCCUCUAACUCUGCUGAUGAUUUGCAAUGGAUCUUAAACACAAUGACUAUGGAAGUAGAUAGCUGAUGUAAACUUGUAGUCAUAAUCAGCUGUGGUUUCAGUAGCUCCCUGUGGAAAUGUGUUACUGCUUGUACAAUCAAUUUGGUUAAGUCGUAGUAGACUGUGCCAGUCCCUUUGUAUUGGCAUCUGGCUGUAUGUUGCCUCAGUCCGAAACUUAUGGUCCCUGUUACCACUUCUAGGUUAGGUCUCCAUGAGUUCACUCAUGAUGUGUCCUGGAACAUCUAUGCUGUUCAAAUAAAGAUAAUCAAAUUUUGCUUGCUUCUUA